AUGCGGCAGUGUUUCAAAGUGACUGUGGCUCUCGCGGUUGGGUUGGCUUUUGCGGCUUCGUCCGCGGCGGGCCUGCCAUCGAGCGUGUACGUCGUGCACGAGGCGCGCAGCCCGACCGCGACCGAGCAGUCCGGCCAUAGCCGCUGGAAGCGCGGCAGUCGUCUGGACGCGGACGCCGUCGUGCCACUCCGGAUCGGCCUGACGCAGAAUAACCUGCAUCUCGGCCACGACAGGCUCAUGGACGUGGCGCACCCGUCGUCGGGCAACUUUGGCAAGCACUUGACGGAGGAUGAGGUUCACGAUUUCUUUGCGCCGGCUGACGACACGUUCUCGGCGGUGCACGCUUGGCUCGUCGGCGAGGGGGUCAACGAGACGGAUAUUCGCCGGUACGCCAACAGGGGCUGGCUGGCCGUGGACCUGCCCGUGUCCAAGCUCGAGGACAUGUUUCGGGCGCGGUACUAUGAGCACGAGCACGAUGGCGCCCUCAGGGUCGGCUGCGACAAGUAUCAUGUUCCCAAGCAUCUGGCCGGGCACAUCGACUACAUCGUGCCCGGCGUCAAGCUGUCGCCCCCGUUGGUCAAGCGCUCCCUGGUGCGCCGCGGCGACGACGACGUCAAAGCCCACAGGAAGAACUGGGAUCCCAAGAAGCUCCCGCCGCAGUUGCAUCUCUGGAAGCAGCCCCCGCACAACCCCAAGCUCCCCGCCGACCUGCAAGACUGUGCGCGCAACUUCACCGCCGUGUGCUACCGCGCGCUGUACGACAUCCCGGCGGCGAGCGUGCCUGUGCCCGGCAACGAGCCUGCCGUCUUUGAGUCGGGCGACACGUACUCGCAGGAGGACCUCGAUGCCUACUUUCACAAGUACGCGCCGCACAUCCGCAACGGCACCCAUCCCAGACUGCAGUCGGUCGACGGGGCGGACGCCCCUGUGGCGCCGACCUCGCCGUACAACACGGGCGAGUCGGAGAUUGACAUUGACAUCAUCCAGUCGCUCAUCUGGCCGCAGUCCAUGGUGCUGUACCAGGUGGACGACCGGCUGUACACGACGGCCAACAACAUGUCCGGGUUCCUCAAUACGUUCCUCGACGCGCUCGACGGAUCGUACUGCCACUCCACCGCGUUCGGCAUCACGGGCGACAGCCCGGGCAUCGACCCCGCGUACCCGGACAAGCGGCCCGGCGGGUACGACCGCCCCGAGAUGUGCGGCGUGUACAGGCCGGCAAAGGUCAUCUCCAUCUCGUACGGCGAGAGCGAGCUCGACGUGCCCAAGCGGUACCUGCAGCGCCAGUGCAACGAGUUCCUCAAGCUGGGGCUCCAGGGCACGACGGUGCUGGUCUCGAGCGGCGACUACGGCGUGGGCAUCGGACCCGCGUCCGACUCCACGUGCCUCAACGGCUCCGGGCAGACGCAGACCAUCUACAACCCGGGCAACCCCGUGGCGUGCCCGUACCUGACGGCCGUGGGCGCCACGCAGCUGCAGCCCGGCACGACGGUGCUCGACGCCGAGAGCGCGCUGCAGACGCCCCUCGGCCCGGGCAGUGAGCUGUUCGCCAGCAGCGGCGGCUUCUCAAACUACUUUUCCGCGCCGUCGUACCAGCAGGCGGCGCUGCGGACCUACUUUGCGGCGCACGACCCGGGCCACCCGUACUACGUGGCCAACGCCGACGCCAGCAACGUGGGCGCCGGCGGCGGGCUGUACAACCGCGCCGGGCGCGGCAUCCCGGACGUGUCGGCCAACGGGGCCAAUUUCCGGGCCUUUACCGACGGGACCGAGUUUCACUGGUUCGGGACGAGCCUCGCGGCGCCCCUGUGGGCCUCCAUCGUGACGCUGGUGAACCAGGAGCGCGCGUUGCGCGGGAAGCGUCCCGUCGGGUUCAUCAACCCCGUGCUGUACGAGAACGCGGGAGCGCUGACGGACAUCAAGAACGGGUCCAACCCCAACUGCGGGUCGAGCGGGUUUGAGGCCGUUGAGGGAUGGGACCCGGUGACGGGGCUGGGGACGCCCAAGUACCCGGAGCUGCUCAAGCUGUGGCUCAGGUUGCCGUAG